AUGACCAAGGUACAGACCCACAGGUACAGACCCACAGGUACAGACCCACAGGUACAGACCCACAGGUACAGACCCACAGGUACAGACCAAGGCUCAGACCCAAAGGUACAGACCCACAGGUACAGACCCACAGGUACAGACCCACAGGUACAGACCCAAAGGUACAGACCCACAGGUACAGACCCACAGGUACAGACCCACAGGUACAGACCCACAGGUACAGACCCACAGGUACAGACCCAAAGGUACAGACCCACAGGUACAGACCCACAGGUACAGACCCACAGGUACAGACCCACAGGUACAGACCCACAGGUACAGACCAAGGCUCAGACCCACAGGUACAGACCCACAGGUACAGACCCACAGGUACAGACCCAAAGGUACAGACCCACAGGUACAGACCCACAGGUACAGACCCAAAGGUACAGACCCAAAGGUACAGACCCACAGGUACAGACCCACAGGUACAGACCCACAGGUACAGACCCAAAGGUACAGACCCACAGGUACAGACCCACAGGUACAGACCCACAGGUACAGACCCACAGGUACAGACCCAAAGGUACAGACCCAAAGGUACAGACCCACAGGUACAGACCCACAGGUACAGACCCAAAGGUACAGACCCACAGGUACAGACCCACAGGUACAGACCAAGGCUCAGACCCACAGGUACAGACCAAGGCUCAGACCCACAGGUACAGACCCACAGGUGCAGACACACAGGUACAGACCCAAAGGUACAGACCCACAGGUACAGACCCACAGGUACAGACCCACAGGUACAGACCCACAGGUACAGACCCACAGGUACAGACCCAAAGGUCAGACGUGUCUCCUCCUGCUCUCCUCGAGGUCAGACGUGUCUCCUCGAGGUCAGACGUGCUCUCCUCGAGGUCAGACGUGUCUCCUCCUCCUCUCCUCGAGGUCAGACCUGUCUCCUCCUGCUCUCCUCGAGGUCAGACGUGUCUCCUCCUGCUCUCCUCGAGGUCAGACCUGUCUCCUCCUGCUCUCCUCGAGGUCAGACGUGUCUCCUCCUGCUCUCCUCGAGGUCAGACCUGUCUCCUCCUGCUCUCCUCGAGGUCAGACGUGUCUCCUCCUCCUCUCCUCGAGGUCAGACGUGUCUCCUCCUCCUCUCCUCGAGGUCAGACGUGUCUCCUCCUGCUCUCCUCGAGGUCAGACGUGUCUCCUCCUGCUCUCCUCGAGGUCAGACGUGUCUCCUCCUCCUCUCCUCGAGGUCAGACCUGUCUCCUCCUGCUCUCCUCGAGGUCAGACGUGUCUCCUCCUGCUCUCCUCGAGGUCAGACGUGUCUCCUCCUGCUCUCCUCGAGGUCAGACGUGUCUCCUCCUCCUGCUCUCCUCGAGGUCAGACGUGUCUCCUCCUGCUCUCCUCCAGGUCAGACGUGUCUCCUCCUGCUCUCCUCGAGGUCAGACGUGUCUCCUCCUGCUCUCCUCGAGGUCAGACGUGUCUCCUCCUGCUCUCCUCGGGGUCAGACGUGUCUCCUCCUGCUCUCCUCGAGGUCAGACCUGUCUCCUCCUGCUCUCCUCGAGGUCAGACGUGUCUCCUCCUGCUCUCCUCGAGGUCAGACGUGUCUCCUCCUCCUGCUCUCCUCGAGGUCAGACGUGUCUCCUCCUCCUCUCCUCGAGGUCAGACGUGUCUCCUCCUGCUCUCCUCGAGGUCAGACGUGUCUCCUCCUGCUCUCCUCGAGGUCAGACGUGUCUCCUCCUGCUCUCCUCGAGGUCAGACCUGUCUCCUCCUGCUCUCCUCGAGGUCAGACCUGUCUCCUCCUGCUCUCCUCGAGGUCAGACCUGUCUCCUCCUGCUCUCCUCGAGGUCAGACGUGUCUCCUCCUCCUCUCCUCGAGGUCAGACGUGUCUCCUCCUCCUCCUCGAGGUCAGACCUGUCUCCUCCUGCUCUCCUCGAGGUCAGACGUGUCUCCUCCUGCUCUCCUCGAGGUCAGACGUGUCUCCUCCUGCUCUCCUCGAGGUCAGACGUGUCUCCUCCUGCUCUCCUCGAGGUCAGACGUGUCUCCUCCUGCUCUCCUCGAGGUCAGACGUGUCUCCUCCUGCUCUCCUCGAGGUCAGACGUGUCUCCUCCUCCUGCUCUCCUCGAGGUCAGACGUGUCUCCUCCUGCUCUCCUCGAGGUCAGACGUGUCUCCUCCUCCUGCUCUCCUCGAGGUCAGACGUGUCUCCUCCUGCUCUCCUCGAGGUCAGACGUGUCUCCUCCUCCUCCUCUCCUCGAGGUCAGACGUGUCUCCUCCUGCUCUCCUCGAGGUCAGACGUGUCUCCUCCUGCUCUCCUCGAGGUCAGACGUGUCUCCUCCUCCUGCUCUCCUCGAGGUCAGACCUGUCUCCUCCUCCUCCUCUCCUUGAGGUCAGACGUGUCUCCUCCUCCUGCUCUCCUCGAGGUCAAACGUGUCUCCUCCUGCUCUCCUCGGGGUCAGACGUGUCUCCUCCUCCUCUCCUCGAGGUCAGACCUGUCUCCUCCUGCUCUCCUCGAGGUCAGACGUGUCUCCUCCUCCUCUCCUCGAGGUCAGACGUGUCUCCUCCUGCUCUCCUCGGGGUCAGACGUGUCUCCUCCUGCUCUCCUCGAGGUCAGACCUGUCUCCUCCUGCUCUCCUCGAGGUCAGACGUGUCUCCUCCUCCUCUCCUCGAGGUCAGACGUGUCUCCUCGAGUUCAGACGUGUCUCCUCCUCCUCUCCUCGAGUUCAGACGUGUCUCCUCCUCCUCUCCUCGAGGUCAGACCUGUCUCCUCCUGCUCUCCUCGAGGUCAGACCUGUCUCCUCCUGCUCUCCUCGAGGUCAGACGUGUCUCCUCCUCCUCUCCUCGAGGUCAGACGUGUCUCCUCCUCCUCUCCUCGAGGUCAGACGUGUCUCCUCCUCCUCUCCUCGAGGUCAGACCUGUCUCCUCCUGCUCUCCUCGAGGUCAGACGUGUCUCCUCCUGCUCUCCUCGAGGUCAGACGUGUCUCCUCCUGCUCUCCUCGGGGUCAGACGUGUCUCCUCCUCCUCUCCUCGAGGUCAGACCUGUCUCCUCCUGCUCUCCUCGAGGUCAGACGUGUCUCCUCCUCCUCUCCUCGAGGUCAGACCUGUCUCCUCCUGCUCUCCUCGAGGUCAGACCUGUCUCCUCCUGCUCUCCUCGAGGUCAGACGUGUCUCCUCCUCCUGCUCUCCUCGAGGUCAGACGUGUCUCCUCCUCCUGCUCUCCUUGAGGUCAGACGUGUCUCCUCCUGCUCUCCUCGAGGUCAGACGUGUCUCCUCCUCCUGCUCUCCUCGAGGUCAGACGUGUCUCCUCCUGCUCUCCUCGAGGUCAGACGUGUCUCCUCCUGCUCUCCUCGAGGUCAGACGUGUCUCUUCCUGCUCUCCUCGAGGUCAGACGUGUCUCCUCCUGCUCUCCUCGAGGUCAGACGUGUCUCCUCCUCCUGCUCUCCUCGAGGUCAGACGUGUCUCCUCCUGCUCUCCUCGAGGUCAGACGUGUCUCCUCCUCCUGCUCUCCUCGAGGUCAGACGUGUCUCCUCCUGCUCUCCUCGAGGUCAGACGUGUCUCCUCCUGCUCUCCUCGAGGUCAGACGUGUCUCCUCCUGCUCUCCUCGAGGUCAGACGUGUCUCCUCCUGCUCUCCUCGAGGUCAGACGUGUCUCCUCCUGCUCUCCUCGAGGUCAGACGUGUCUCCUCCUGCUCUCCUCGAGGUCAGACGUGUCUCCUCCUGCUCUCCUCGAGGUCAGACCUGUCUCCUCCUCCUCCUCUCCUUGAGGUCAGAUGUGUCUCCUCCUCCUGCUCUCCUCGAGGUCAAACGUGUCCUCCUCCUGCUCUCCUCGGGGUCAGACGUGUCUCCUCCUCCUCUCCUCGAGGUCAGACCUGUCUCCUCCUGCUCUCCUCGAGGUCAGACGUGUCUCCUCCUCCUCUCCUCGAGGUCAGACGUGUCUCCUCCUGCUCUCCUCGGGGUCAGACGUGUCUCCUCCUCCUCUCCUCGAGGUCAGACCUGUCUCCUCCUGCUCUCCUCGAGGUCAGACGUGUCUCCUCCUCCUCUCCUCGAGGUCAGACGUGUCUCCUCAAGUUCAGACGUGUCUCCUCCUCCUCUCCUCGAGUUCAGACGUGUCUCCUCCUCCUCUCCUCGAGGUCAGACGUGUCUCCUCGAGGUCAGACGUGUCUCCUCCUGCUCUCCUCGAGGUCAGACGUGUCUCCUCCUGCUCUCCUCGAGGUCAGACGUGUCUCCUCCUGCUCUCCUCGAGGUCAGACCUGUCUCCUCCUGCUCUCCUCGAGGUCAGACCUGUCUCCUCCUGCUCUCCUCGAGGUCAGACGUGUCUCCUCCUCCUCUCCUCGAGGUCAGACGUGUCUCCUCCUCUCCUCGAGGUCAGACCUGUCUCCUCCUCGCAACUUCUCUCCUCGAGUCGAGUUCAGACGUGUCUCCUCCUCCUCUCCUCGAGGUCAGACGUGUCUCCUCCUCCUCUCCUCGAGGUCAGACGUGUCUCCUCGAGGUCAGACGUGUCUCCUCGAGGUCAGACGAGUCUCCUCGAGGUCAGACGUGUCUCCUCCUGCUCUCCUCGAGGUCAGACGUGUCUCCUCCUGCUCUCCUCGAGGUCAGACGUGUCUCCUCCUGCUCUCCUCGAGGUCAGACCUGUCUCCUCCUCCUGCUCUCCUCGAGGUCAGACCUGUCUCCUCCUCCUGCUCUCCUCGAGGUCAGACGUGUCUCCUCCUGCUCUCCUCGAGGUCAAACGUGUCUCCUCCUGCUCUCCUCGGGUCAGACGUGUCUCCUCCUCUCCUCGAGGUCAGACCUGUCUCCUCCUGCUCUCCUCGAGGUCAGACGUGUCUCCUCCUCCUCUCCUCGAGGUCAGACGUGUCUCCUCCUGCUCUCCUCGGGGUCAGACGUGUCUCCUCCUCCUCUCCUCGAGGUCAGACCUGUCUCCUCCUGCUCUCCUCGAGGUCAGACGUGUCUCCUCCUGCUCUCCUCGAGGUCAGACGUGUCUCCUCCUGCUCUCCUCGAGGUCAGACGUGUCUCCUCCUCGAGGUCAGACGUGUCUCCUCCUCCUGGUCUCCUCGACAGACGUGUCUCCUCCUGCUCUCCUCGAGGUCAGACGUGUCUCCUCCUGCUCUCUCGGGUCAGACGUGUCUCCUCCUGCUCUCCUCGAGGUCAGACCUGUCUCCUCCUGCUCUCAGACGUGUCUCCUCCUCUCUCCUCGAGGUCAGACGUGUCUCCUCCUCCUCCUGACUCUCCUCGAGGUCAGACGUGUCUCCUCCUCCUCUCUCGAGUGUCAGACGUGUCUCCUCCUCUCCUCGAGUCAGACGUGUCUCCUCCUCCUCUCCUCGAGGUCAGACGUGUCUCCUCCUCUCCUGAGUCAGACGUGUCUCCUCCUCGAGUUCAGACGUGUCUCCUCCUCCUCUCCUCGAGGUCAGACGUGUCUCCUCCUCCUCUCCUCGAGGUCAGACGUGUCUCCUCGAGUUCAGACGUGUCUCCUCCUCUCCUCGAGUUCAGACGUGUCUCCUCCUCCUCUCCUCGAGGUCAGACGUGUCUCCUCCUCCUCUCCUCGAGGUCAGACGUGUCUCCUCCUCCUCUCCUCGAGGUCAGACGUGUCUCCUCGAGGUCAGACGUGUCUCCUCCUGCUCUCCUCGAGGUCAGACGUGUCUCCUCCUCCUCUCCUCGAGGUCAGACGUGUCUCCUCCUGCUCUCCUCGAGGUCAGACGUGUCUCCUCCCGGAUGGUACGGCGGCUGCUGGUCUAUGGUGGUCUAA